AUGGACUCUCCAAAGAAACUCAAAAUCGCAAGUCUAGGUAGCUCCUUUGCUGCUGGUCCUGACAUUCCCCCGCAAAUCGAACCACGUGCCGCAUUGCGAUCAGGGCAGAAUUACCCCCAUCUUUUGGCGCAGCACUUGAACGCCGAUCUCACUGAUCUGACCGUUUCUGGCGCAACGUUGCUCAACAUAACAGUCGAACCACAGUCUACCCCAUUCAAUACGACCUUCCCACCGCAAAUCUCCAACCUCCCCGAAGAUGCCAACAUCAUCACCUUGACCGCUGGAGGAAAUGACAUAAACUAUAUCGGCGGCAUGAUCGCCGAUGCUUGCGACGCCGAGCUCCAAUCGUCCGUGUCCCUAUCACCAGCAGAAUUGGCAGAACGGCUAGGAGGAGUGGUCGAUCAGAUACACAAACGGGCCCCUGGAGCUCGAAUCUUCCUUGUUGAAUAUCUUGCUGUUCUGGGACCUGCAACUCAACCGAGUCGGAAUAUCCCGCUGACACAGGAGAGAAUUCAACAUUACCGCGGUGUUGCAUCUGUUCUACAACAUGCAUAUUCUGUCGCUGUGGAAGGUCGAGCCGAUUGGUGUGAGACAGUCCCAAUUCACCAACUCAGCCAGGGACAUGCACUUGGCAGCGAGGAACCUUGGGUUGGAGGAUUUGAAUUGGGGCCGCUUCUCCAUCCGAAUCUUGAUGGGAUGAAGGCCGUAGCGAGUAUUCUAGCUGAGACGAUCGGCAAGAGCACAUUACCUAAAGCAUUGUUGUGA